UCUAACAGACCGGGUUUAUCAGUGCUACAGAAAUAGAAUAACAAGAAUAAACGUCGCUCGUCAACGGCUCUGUUUCGGCUUCCUUUCCCUUUGCUUAAAGCCAGAGAAGAUGGGCAAUCUGUGUUGUUGCGUACAAGUUGAUCAGUCCUCAGUAGCUAUAAAGGAGACAUUUGGAAAGUUCGAAGCAGUUCUUGAUCCUGGAUGUCAUUGCCUUCCUUGGUUUCUUGGAAGCCAGCUCGCAGGCCAUCUGUCUCUGAGGUUGCAGCAGCUGGAUGUUCGAUGUGAGACCAAGACGAAGGACAACGUUUUUGUCAAUGUUGUUGCAUCUAUUCAAUAUCGUGCCCUGGCAGACAAGGCAGGUGAUGCUUUCUACAAACUAACCAACACAAGGACUCAAAUCCAGGCUUAUGUUUUUGAUGUAAUAAGGGCCAGUGUCCCAAAACUUAAUCUCGAUGAUGUGUUUGAGCAGAAGAAUGAGAUAGCCAAAGCUGUGGAAGAUGAACUUGGAAAGGCUAUGUCUGCUUAUGGAUACGAGAUUGUGCAAACGCUCAUUGUUGAUAUAGAACCAGAUGAGCAUGUGAAGCGGGCAAUGAAUGAGAUCAAUGCAGCUGCAAGACUGAGAGUGGCGGCUAAUGAGAAGGCAGAGGCUGAGAAGAUUCUACAAAUCAAGAGAGCUGAGGGUGAGGCUGAAUCAAAGUAUCUCUCUGGACUGGGUAUUGCUCGCCAGCGACAAGCAAUUGUGGAUGGCUUGAGAGAUAGCGUGUUGGGCUUCUCUGAGAAUGUGCCAGGGACCUCUGCAAAGGAUGUCAUGGACAUGGUCCUGGUCACCCAGUACUUCGACACAAUGAAGGAAAUCAGUGCUGCCUCGAAAUCCUCUGCUGUGUUUAUUCCUCAUGGACCUGGUGCUAUUCGCGAUGUUGCUACUCAGAUUCGAGAUGGACUUCUUCAGGCUUCGGCCCACAAGUAAUUGUGCAGAUUUUCAAAGCUUUAACAGGGUUUGUGUUUGAGAGGACCUUAUGCUUGCUAUAUAUUUCUGUAAAGGUUUCGCAUGUUGAAUUCUGGGUUUUGGUGAUUUUUGUUUUGUUUUCCAUGUGAGAGUUGCAUGAAUCUGAUAUUCUCUCAAUUUUGGGAGUUUGUGAAUGAUAAUUGAAUGAUGCUUUAUACUGUGCAAGUGGAUACAGUAGAAGGCAAACAUUAAAUAGUACAUACGAAAAAGUGCUGCUGUGGUUAAAUUAGUAAUAUCUUUUUCCCCAACGA